ACACUCACACAAAAACAAUACACCCCUAUAGAUGUUAUUGGCACAUUUGCCAGAACAGUUCAUAGAUAAGUUUUAGAAAAUUUAAUAUUAUAAAAAUAAAUAGCUACCAAAUAACUGGAAAAAGUAUUUUAAUUGCUAGAGUAAUCGCCAUGAAUAACUUAACGUUAAUUUUGUUACUACAAAUUGCCUGCUGCCUAUUGGGUUUUGUAUUUGCGGGCCGAGACUUUUACAAUAUUUUAAAAGUACGAAAGUCGGCUUCAACAAAUGAGAUUAAAAAAGCCUACAGAAAAUUAGCCAAAGAGCUGCAUCCAGAUAAAAAUAAAGACGAUCCGUCAGCUUCAGAAAAAUUCCAAGAUUUGGGUGCCGCAUAUGAAGUUUUAUCGGACUCAGAUAAAAGAAAAACGUAUGACCGAUGUGGCGAAGAAUGCUUAAAAAAGGAUGGUAUGAUGGAUCAUGGAGCAGACCCCUUUGCCAGCUUUUUCGGUGAUUUCGGUUUUCAUUUUGGCAAUGGUGAUCCACAUGAGCAACAAGCAGCUCGUGGAGCAAAUAUUGUCAUGAAUUUAUACGUAACGUUAGAAGAAUUGUAUUCAGGCAACUUUGUAGAAAUUGUGCGAAAUAAACCGGUGCUAAAGCCGGCUUCAGGUACACGUAAGUGUAAUUGCCGACAAGAAAUGGUUACACGCAACUUAGGACCCGGUCGUUUCCAAAUGAUUCAACAAACGGUUUGCGAUGAAUGUCCAAACGUUAAACUUGUCAAUGAAGAGCGUACGUUGGAGGUAGAAAUUGAAGCCGGUAUGGUAGAUGGACAAGAAACACGAUUCGUAGCUGAAGGAGAACCACAUUUAGAUGGAGAGCCAGGUGAUCUUAUAAUUAAAGUUCUACAGACACCCCAUAACCGCUUCCAACGAAAAGGUGACGAUUUGUACACAAAUGUUACCAUCAGCUUACAGGAUUCACUUAUCGGCUUUACAAUGAAUAUAACACAUUUGGAUGGCCAUUCUGUGAGUAUUACACGUGAAAAAAUAACCUGGCCAGGUGCAAGAAUACGCAAGAAGGGUGAAGGUAUGCCAAAUUAUGAGAAUAAUAAUUUGCAAGGCAACCUAUAUAUAACAUUCGAUGUGGAGUUCCCUAAAACCGAUUUGAGCGAUGAAGAAAAACAAGAUCUUAAGAGAAUUUUACAUCAAGACUCAGUGAAUCGAGUUUAUAACGGACUGUGAAAGUAAAAAAAUAAAACGGCAGGAUUAUAUUGUUUAGUUCAUUGAACAAAUUCUUGCCUAAAAAGGUUUAGGCAAGCGUACUAGAAAAACACAUAAAUUGUAAAAUAUAUUUUGAAUUUUAUCAUUAAGUUAUUUUUAACAUCGGGGUCAAAAGUUUCCAAUUUAAACAAUUGGAAACGAAUUUUUUAAGUUAUUAUGAAACACAAAAUGAAAAAAUAAACUGCGUACUUUGUUAAAA